CCGGUGUCCUUUAUGCAACAGCCACAACUCAGCUGCUUUUCGCCGCGUAGGUCAUGCCUGGUCGGGUCUCCGUGCACCUGCUGCUCUUCGCCAACGCCCGAGAACUCGCUGGCACUGCAGAAGUUUCGCUAAUCACACCUGCUGUGCUUCGAGACAUAGACGAACUGAAGCAGAUUAUUUUUGCAGUGCAUCCGAAGCUCACAGCAUUGGAGCACAGUGCAGUGAUCGCUGUGAAUGAGUCAUACGUUGAGCCUGGCGUCGCGAUAACACUCAGACAAGGAGACGAGGUCGCCUUCAUACCAGCAAUCAGUGGUGGUUAGACUUAAGUCCUCGGUAUCUGACCAGCAAACGGAAGCACUUUACUGAUCCGGUGAAGUGACCAUCGAGAACAACUUUUACCAUAUGUUUGGUGGAAGCAAUCACUAAAUCAAGGAAAUCAUUGUGCCUUUACCCCAUGAGCUAGGUUUUCAAUGAAGCAACAGUCUCGGUCCAAAUCAGAACUGACAAAGAGGAAGACCCUGAGGUGAAACAACGCUACAUACCAGCUUUCGGCCGUGCCGCAUCAUUCGUGUGACUUGGAGGAUUAUCUACGUUGAUCAGAGUGACAUGAAUCACGUAGAGCUAUCAAAUAAUGCACUGGAUGUAGGUGCUGUUCUGGCUCAAGUGGGAUCGCCAGACUGCGGCGCUAUAUCCAUCUUUUUGGGAACAACGCGCAAUCACUGCGAUGGAAAGACUGUGGACAGCCUGAGUUACGAAGCGUACGUUCCCAUGGCGAAGCGAGAGAUGCUGCUCAUCUGCGAGGUCAUUCGCGAACGCUGGGACGUGAAGAACAUCGCCAUCAUUCACCGGCUCGGAGACGUACCUCUGGGCGAAUCGAGCGUGCUCAUAGCCGUCUCCUCCGAGCACCGUCAGGAGGCGAUGAACGCGUCGAAGUACGCGAUUGACGAGCUAAAGCGACGUGUGCCGAUUUGGAAGAAGGAGCACUACGCUAGCGGUGACAACCAGUGGAAAGCGAACAAGGAGUGCUUCUGGACCGAAAGUCAUUGAACUCUGAACGGCUGUUUUCGUGCGUGUGCGGUGGCUUUCAUGGAAUCGCUUUUGUUGUACCAUAGCGUGUUCCACAAAGCACCACCGGCGUUU